AUGGCAUCCUCGGCAGCUCGAAUGGUCUCACGCUCCUUCACGGCAGCUUCGAAGACUCAACUGACUGCUGGGUUGAGAACGCGACCGGCUUCGUUCUCACGAUUGAUGAGAAGAUAUGCUACAGCCGCCAGAGAACAGCCGCGCCUUCGUCUAGGCGUGACGGCACCAAAUUUCCAAGCCAAAACUACCUGUGGUGACAUAGAUUUCCACAAAUUCAUCGACAACAGCUGGGCCAUUUUAUUCAGUCAUCCUGCCGACUUCACCCCUGUUUGCACGACUGAACUGGGCGCCUUCGCGAGGCUGAAGGACGAAUUUGAGAAGCGCGGUGUGAAGAUGAUCGGCCUCAGCGCCAACGAUCUUCAGAGUCAUGGCGAAUGGAUCAAAGAUAUCAACGAGAUCUCUAAAACGAACCUGCAAUUUCCUAUCAUAGCGGACGCUGAUAGAAAAGUGGCCUUCCUCUACGAUAUGGUAGAUCAACAAGAUUUAGAGAACAUCGACCAGAAGGGCAUCGCUUUCACCAUUCGAUCCGUCUUCAUCAUUGACCCAGCAAAGAAGAUUCGGUUGAUCAUGCUAUACCCUGCUUCGACGGGUCGAAACUCCUCCGAAGUCCUGCGGGUUAUCGAUGCCCUCCAGCUUAGCGACAAGAAAGGAGUAACAACGCCUAUUGACUGGAACGCUGGGCAGGAUGUGAUCGUGCCACCAAGUGUAUCAACGGAGGACGCGAAAAAGAAAUUCACAAAUGUCAAAGAGGUCAAACCGUACCUCAGAUUCACCUCUGGGGAUUUGAAAUAG